UUUUAAAGAUUCCUAUUCACUUCUUUAUGCUCCCUUGUUCCUGUGUUCUGAAGUGUAACAAGCUCAACACCUCCCAGGCUGGACGGCCUUGCACAUAGCCGCGGUGUACGGGGCAGUGGACGUGGUGGUGCUGUUGCUGAGUGCCGGGGCUGACACAGAGGCGAGGUGCAAGUCAAGUAGAGUGGAGUGAGGUGCACGUGUUGGUUUACUUGAUCGGCAGGAGCGCGCUGUCGAUGGCAUGCCGCGGGAUACAGCACGGCGUUGCCAAGUCUCUGGUGGAGCGAGAGGCGGACACUUCAACAACAGUCUCCUUAGGUGGCGGGACCGGCCACGCCCAGUGAGCGGUUCAGUGGCAUGGCAAUACAAGACAGCAAGAAAUUGUCUCCUAGCGCCGCCAGCCUUCAUGGGCCACCCUCGGAUAGUGGCAGUAGAGGCAGCCCUGCACCUCUGAAGGUGACACAAUCGCUACAUGUCCAACCUGGACCUGACGUGUACGAUACCACCACCGACCCGCCCGACCUCGUCCUGCUCCUCAUCUACAGAAAGUUUUCCAGGGAGGAUAUAUCGGAGAGAAAAGGCGCGGAACAUGACUCUGUAAACUUGUUCAUUGUGUUUGUGCAGAUGGGCUAUGAUGUGGAGCUGUACGAGGACCUCAAGAAGGAGGACAACAUGCGGAGAAUUAAGGAGUUCAGCACUUCGGAGCGUCUGAAGAAGGGGUGCACCAUCGUGGUGGUGUCUUCCCACGGUGGCAACGACCCGUUUUCCUUCACGACCUCGGAUGGGCAAGAAAUCAACGUGCACCACUUGCAUCAAAGCUUCAUCAAGAACCAGAGCAGAGAAGUUCGGCAGAUGGCGAAGAUUUUCAUCUUUCAGUUCUGCCGUGGCAAGAUCCGUCCCAUAAUAGAGGAAAACGGUAUGGAUCAUGUUUCCGACGACAUUAUCAGCUUCUACAGCACCUCCGACGGGUUCGUCGUCUACGAGGAGCCUCAGAGUGGCAGCGUCUUUUUGUCAGUAGUGUGUGAGGCCGAGCGAGCCUGCGAGGACAGCCUGGAUGAUCUGUUUCGGCAGGUGCAGCGCAGGUACAGAUUGGAGUGGCUGGGCACCACGCCUGAGAAACAAGACCUUGGUUUUAGCAAGAAAUUAAACUUCAAUUCUCGACUCAGAAAGUAUAGCGGUAAUCGCGCGCAUAUAACACUCGUGUCCAGUUAGUGGGUGACAGUUGUAGCGUUCCAAGGACUGUUUGACUUGGGAUUGUUGGGUAUACUAGGAAAUAAAAUAUAAUAAAAAAUAAAAAGCUUAUCAUCG